CUUAAGACGGGUGCAUUAGCAUAUCGUUCCAUCAAAAGCAUGCAAAGUACUCGUAUCCAUCUGUCGAGGUCGCAACCGGCCGAUCGCCAACACUGUGGUACACAGCCUAGUGAGCCCUAAAUCGCUAUCUGGGUGCCAUCUACGAGUAUCACCUGUCUCACCUGUCUGUCAUCCCAUCUCCCUGCUUGAAGCAGGGGAAUAGCAUCCGAGCUUGAUCUGCUCAUCCAUCCAAUAAUGACGCAGCAUGAGAAUACGAGGUCGAGGAUUGCCAGAGAGCCAGGCACUGCAUGUUGAGAGCUUUUCGAUGGGACCUGCCUCAUCAACUUACCCAAUGCGCCCUCAAGUCGUCACCCCAACGUUGCUUCCAGGUUGAUGGUCAUGGUGACGAUGAUGGUCCGUUGGCUGCAGGUCUCGACGACCGAUCAAGCGGCAUCAGACUGAUUUGUUCUGAUGGACAGGGAGUAUAGUAUGCACGACAGAACUUAUCGAUGCUGAAUAAUCUGCAUGCGAUCUUUCAUUCGAAGCUUUACCCCAGAUCUAUCCCCUUUCCGGUUACUAGUUCUCCAUGCGGGUUGAGCUUGGUCAAAACUUGAGUCCAGCACGAUCUUGACGGGACACCCGGGAUGCUGGUCGGCGAACUGUGAGAGCUGCUGUGGACCACAGCCGCUCAGAUCAGGAACGACCCGAUCACUCGCUAUACCCAUGAGUCAGCUGCGGCUUGCAGCAGGCGUUCCUGAUGACUUACCUCGAUUGGCCUGGUGAUAUUUCCUGCUGCCGGCGAAAGCCUGGGACCGGCAUGUGGUUCCUAUUGGUUGGGUCAGGAUACUGACCGAAAACCAGCUCUGUGUAAUGACAGCCAGAUUAUAGAGCUGUGAGUAUCCCCUGCGUGGACGUCGCUGUUCCUUGGCUCUGCCUGAGAUGUGCAUGGGCCUCGCUAUCCCUGCCCGCAAGCCCGCAUUGAGAGAUGCUCCAGCGCUGUUCGACCCAGCUCACUCAGCAGCAAGCGGCAUACUUCGACGUAUACCCGGAUCGACUCGGUGGCGUGUGUGCCCAAUGAGGCACCAGCUCAUGGCACCGCGUAGCUACCACGAAGCUAGCUGCAACGUUCCGAGACCCAAAUACCGAUCAAUGCUGAUUCGAGGAUCACCUUCCACAAGGGUUCCCCAGAUUUCCAGCUCUCAUGGAGGCUGUUCUUUGAGCUCGCCUCAAGAGCAGCCUGCUCAUGGCAUUUCGACUGCAUGUCCCACUUGCGUCAUUUUGGUGGGUUUCAAGUUCAUUCCUCGACCGGUUGCAGGAUUGUGCCCUCUUCAUCGUCAACAAAGUCUCUUCUUCACUUCUGCCCUUUCAGAAAAAUCCCCAGGCCUCUUUCGUCAAUGCAUCAAGGACCUGCUUUGUCGCCUCGCCUACCUCGCACAACGCCAGGCGGAUAACAUUCAAUACAGGUCAAGAGUGCCGGCUUCUUUCUGCCUGCUCAAAUUCGCACAUCGGCCUUCUUUCCAAGUCCCACUGUGAAGACGGUUCUGAUCGCUUCUCGUGCAACGGGAUGUCACCUACCGGUAACGGCUCGUGGAGCUGAUAUAUGCUUCGACUCGAGACCGAGCUUAGAAUUCUUCGUCUUGCCAAAGUUGUCACAAAGGCCGCUGAGCCUUGUAACGCAGACAAACCACUGGCAGCAUUUCUCUCUUGCCACAAAGGGAAAUGCCGCUCAUCUCAUCUGCGGGGUUGCUUGGUCGAUACGGACUUGACCACAACGACACGAUAAGCAGCACGACAGAUCGGGAGGGCCUGAUAUCGAUCGCGCCCUCUCCUCUCUUCCAUUCUCUCUUUCCUUUAUCAGAACAUGCAAACACAUCUUACUGCCCGUCGGACCUUAUAAGAACCAUCACGAUGGCACCUAAUUCGAGGUAAUCAUUUCUCUCUUCAUCCUUUUUGCCCUUCGAUCCCCAAUUAUUGCUUCCAUCGACUCCCACCUUGACACUUAUCUAUACAAUUCCCCCAUCACCAUGUCGACAACCACCACCGCCACAGAAACAACCACCCAAACGAUCCCCCCAUCCUCCGAGGCUCAAUAUUAUGGCAAGCUUCGCUACAUCCCUCAUGGCCAAACGCCCACGCCGUCCCCUCAUAACUUCCACCUCCCCGCCAUGGCCGAGUUCGGUGACGUCCGCCUUCAACCACUAAUAGAUAUGCGCCCUGUGCCAACCAUCGCCGAACUCCCCUCCGCCAAAGAGCCGACCGCACAACUCUCGACCCAUGGCUUCGCGGCCGUCCACCACCCGGUGUCCAUGAACUCCGCCCCGUACACCGUAUCAUCCUGGAAAGACCCCAAACUGCUCAAGAACUCAUACGUCCCCGAGACAGAAGCAAUGGUCAAACAGAUCACGGGCGCCACCACCGUGCUCACCGAAGCCCUCCUCCUCCGCUCCGCCAUCUGGUCCGAACAAGACGCCCUGGCCACGCACGCCGGCCACGGCGAGGAAAACGGCUCCUCCACCACUACCACCGCCCAAUCCUCCCUCCCAACCGAGAAAACCCAAGAAGAAACCGAUCUGGAACUCGGCUUCCCGCAAUUCAUCGGCUUCAGCGCCCGACACGGCGGUGCCUCACCGGCACCCAAAGUGCAUCUAGACUACGCCCCCAACGGCGCGCGCACGCACAUCCGCCACUUCCACCCGACCAUGGCCGCGGCGUCCCGCAAGAUCAUCGACGCCGAAGACCGCCUCACAUCGGAGGGCAAAUCGCUGCGCCAGUCCUACGCCUCCUCAGGCCUCGGUCCGCGCUGGGCCCUGUUCUCCAUCUGGCGGCCCCUGAAGCGCGUGCACCGCGACCCGCUCGCCCUCGGCGACGCGAGGACCUUUCUCGAGGAAGAUUACGUGCCCGUCAUCGUCAGGACGCCGAACCUUGGAAUCCCCAACACCACCUCGACCCACGAGACCGAGAGUUACCUCGCGCACUGGUCCAGCGGCCAGAAGUGGUACUUCGUCUCCAACCAGGAGCCCGAGGAGGUCUUGGUGAUUGGCUUGUUCGAUUCCGAUCGCGACAAGGAAACGGUCGCCGCGGGUGGCACGUUGCAUAGUAGUGUCGACCUGCCCGGUACGGAGAACGAGGAGGCCAGAGAGAGUUUGGAGUUGAGAUGUUUGGCCAUUUGGGACUGAAAUUUGAGAUUCAGAAGCAGGGCAGUUCGUGCUAUGGUUUGGGUUUUGGAGUUAUGAGAAGACAGUUUACUCUAUAGACUUGGUUCGGUCGGGUAGAUGUUUGGUACGAAUAUGCUCCAUGACCAAAUGUCAGCUACAUACCCGUACCACGAGACUCAACUACAAUUGACGGUCCGGAUUCAGUAAGAAAUCUUUCUUGGUUAGACUUUCAUCGAAGGAAACGAAACGAACUUCAUCAUGGUCAAUCUUAAUG